CCUUGCUCGCCCAGCUGAAUGUCCCUACAAAUGCGAGACACAAGCCAAUAGCUCCAGAGAGAAAGGAGCUUGCCGAGGACAGCGCGUAGAGAAGGUUCUCGGGAGGCUGUCAGAAUGAGUUUUCCACUGAACUUCACGUUGCCAGCCAACACGACUUCCUCUCCAGCUGUUACAGGUGGGAAAGAAGGAGACUGCGGGCCUUCGCUCGGACUGGCCGCGGGCAUCCCGUCGCUGGUGGCCUCGGCCCUGCUAGUGGCGCUCCUGUUUAUGGUGAUUCAGCGACGUAGAAGCAGCAGCAAAUCCACCGAGGAAAGUGAGAGGCCAUAUGAAAUUUCAGAAAUUGAUGACAAUCCCAAGAUAGCUGAGAAUCCUAGGAGAGCACCGCCACAUGAGAAUACAACGGGAGCAGAAGAAGCUCACAUAUACGUGAGGACUGUAGCAGGAAGUGAGGAGCCCAUGCGUGACACUUACCGUCCUGCGGUAGAAACGGAGAGAAGGAGGGGACUGUGGUGGCUCAUACCCCGACUGAGCCUGGAAUGAUGUGGCUCAAAGGCAGCACUGGAGCUGGAACAGAGCUGGAAGCCCAGGGAUUUGUGCUUGGACUGAGGAGAGAUGCUAAACUGCUUCUUAAGCAAUCCAGAUUUCAUUGACAGAUCUGGAAAACUUUUGGAUGAUUUGUCUCUUUAGGGGACAGAUCUGACAAGGUUCCUUCCAAUUCUCAGAUCUCGUGGUUUAAUAAGCAAUGAAGCACCAAGGGAGGUCUCUGGGCAUCCAGAAGGAGCCCUUGGGUCCUGUUCCUGAUCCCAGUGGGAAUUUGCACGCGCGCGUAUGUGUGUAUGUGUGUGUGUGUGUCUGAUUUUGGGAAAGAGGCUUGAGAUCUGAGUGUCUUGCCUUUUCAUCUUUUUUCACAUCCCAUUUCUCAAAAUGCCAUCAGACCAGCUUCCAUGGGAGGGUUGGCCGAGGCCAGCAUGGUGUAUAAGUGAAGUUUAAGCGGGAUGUAUGAGGGGAAGCAGUCCUUUAUUCCUGAAUAUCUCAAGGUAGAAAUCAUGUGGAGCCACACAUGCCCUGACCACGCACAUGCCCUGACCUCAAGGGGCAGCACAUGGCUGGACCAUCCAUUGCUCCCACUCGAGUGUGUGGUCAGACAUUAUUCAAGGAAGACAAUUUGGCAAUGGGUUCUAUGUGUGUGUUCAGGGUGAACAGUGUGGAGGGAAGGCAGAAGAUGUUUCAAACGAUUAUUGGAAAUGAGGCUAUAUCUACAUCGUGGAAGUAGAGAGAAAAGCCAAAGUCCAUGGACUUUUGUGGGGAAAAACUCAUUGUCAAGAAGAGAGACCCAGAGGACUCUGAGCACAUGAACACCGUACCGAAGGGGUGGGCCGAGCAGCAAUGUGGCUGCCAUCUGAGGGAAGCCGGUGGACAGGGACAGCUGGCAGGGGCCAGGCCUUCACCGCCGCCUCUCUGGGGAGGCUCCCAGGAACCCUGGCUGCCCCCACAGGGCCACUGCUCGGGGGUGGGCUGGGUCUCCUGAGGGGAAAACUUGGGCCCGGGAUACCUCCGAGCCCUUCCACCAGCUCCACGAACCAUCUCGAUGUGCUGUGGGAACACUCCGACCUCGCACAGGGCCCCCAGCUGCUCAGAAGCACACCCCUCUCUUUUGAAUAACCAAGUCCAGGUUCUACAAACCCAGUCACGGCCACAUGCCUCUCCAUGCCUCACAAAGCCCUUGUGAAAUUCAGUUUUACUCUAAGUCUCCUGGGUCCAGUCACCUUGACAGGCAGAUUCGGUCAUUUUGUCUAUAAAAUGAGGGGUGACUUCCCUUUU